AUGUUUGAAUUGAUUGAAUAUUACCUUCAAGAAAAAGGCAACGUCGACUGGUUAUUGCUGAAUGAAUCAGGCGAAUCGGUUUUCAGUUUACUCUUAUGGUCAGAACAAUUUCAAUUAGUUCAUUCCGUGUUGCAACUUAUGCACAAUCAGUCAACAAAUGUCUCAACUACAGCAAACAUUGGAUUUAAUAAGUCAAAUGAAUCUAUUAAUUGGUUUCGUAAUCUUAUAUUCUCAAAUCAUAGAAAGCAUUCUUUACUGAUUGAGGCUGUUGAACGUGGUCAAUUAGAAGUGGUCAGGUUUCUAAUCAAAUAUGGCGCUGAUAUUGAUGAAAAGUCAUUCAACGGUGAUAACUUUCGGGAAUUUGUAAACCCUUUAUGGACUGCUUUGAAACUACGGAAAUUGGAAAUAGCUGAGUAUUUAGUCGACUGUGGUGUGGAUAUUAAUUCAUGGGCAUUGAUUGAGAAAAACAUAAACGUCACCUUACUACAUCGAGCUAUUUGUGAACAUAGUGAAGAGGCUGCUAUAUUUCUUGUUAAACAAGAUUGUGAUGUCAAUGUAUGGCCACAAGCUUUUGAUUGUAAAUUAACCUGUGAAGUAAGCAAUAAACAAGAUGAUUAUCUUAUGCCGUAUUUAUGCCGAUCUCCACUGCAUAUGGCUAUUCUAGUUGGUAUGUAUGAACUAGUUAAAGUGCUGAUCAAUUGUCAUCGUGCAGAUGUUAACCAACAGGAUUUUAAUGGAGAAACUCCCUUACAUUUAGCUGUUAAAUCAAAAGAGGAAAAGCUUGUCAAAUUAUUGAUUAAUGCACCUCAAAUCGAUUGUAGCAUACGUGAUGCUCAUGGUCAUACUGUAUUUCAUGUUGCUGUUGAAUUACGCCAACGUGUAAUUGCAGAAAUGUUAAUUAAAAAAGAUCCUUCACUGGCACUUCAAGUUGAUACUGCAGGACGUAAUUUUCUUCAUAUUGCUAUAGAAAAUAUGGAUCGUGAAGCAAUUUUUCUACUUAUUCAAAUUGGUGUUGAUAUGAAUGCUUGUGUACGGGAUGCAUAUCGGUUAACACCUUUCCAUUUAGCUAUAAAAACUGGUGUCGAAGAAGAUAUUCUACUGAGUUUGCUUCUUGCCGGUGCAUCAAUUAAUUCACAGACACCACAAAAGCAGUAUGGGCUGCACUUAGCUGUGAUUUACGAUAGACCUAAGCUAGUACACUGUUUACUAGAGAAUGGAGCUGAUGCAAAUGCUCAAGACUCAGAGUUGAAUACACCACUACACUUAGCAGUUCGACAUGGAAGAGUGGAGUGUCUUGUUAAACUUCUUAGUCAUUCAGCAACAAAUUGUUGCAGUGUAAAUAUCAGAGGUCAAUUACCAAUUCACCUGUUGGCUAAUCAUCAUGGUUCAAUUGGUGUCGAAAUGCUUCAAAACUUGCUAGAACUAUCAGUAACCAAUCAGAUUAAUGCUCAAGAUGCAGCCGGCAAUACUCCAUUACUUUUAGCCUACCAAGCUGAAAAUAUACCACUGUGCAUAGCUUUACUUCAUGCUGGUGCAUCUUUGGGAAUCAUGAAUUCUGAAGGGGAUAGUGUAUUUAGUUUAAAUAAAAAGAAGUGGAAAAAAUCAUCACCUGGACGUGUACUUUCACAGUUACUAGAUUCACUUAUCCAAGAACCUCGAUGGGAAGAUGGCUCUGUGUGUGUUGAAUGCUGUGCUAAAUUUGGAAUUACUAAUAGAAGACAUCAUUGUCGUCAUUGUGGACGUUUACUCUGUUCACAGUGUUCAGCGUAUGAAAUCCCAAUUGUUAAAUAUGAACUAUCCAAACCAGUUCGUGUCUGUGAAGUUUGCUUUAACUUUCUUAAUAAUCCAUUCUAA